AUGGAACGAGAAAUGCCUUUUGAUAGCUAUGACGACGUUCUAGAACAUAACAUCAGAUCAACAGAGCACGAAGGAUAUCAGGAUAAUAGCCAGGCAGAAGUCUCCCAUGAACCUCCAUCCUUAGAACAACAGCAGCAUACAUAUUAUAAGAAUGGUCAGAAGGACCUUGAAGAUCUUCAGCUUCUAGAUCUUUCUCCACUAGCGACGUGGAAACUUUCGUCGUUCAAGAAGGGGUACGGUAUCCCCCAGUUGAGAGCUGACACUCCUGAUCUAUAUUGGCAAUCUGAUGGAAGUUCAGGAAACAACAUGGAACAUCAGACUAAUGAUGGUGGACAGCUUAGUCACCCUCAUUCUAUCACCCUUCAAUUCUCCAAGAAAGUGUCUUUGGAGCGCAUUUGCAUAUUCACCAACUACCAGUUGGACGAAUCGUAUACACCGCUGAAAAUUAAGGUGAUGGCGGGCGGAUCGAUUUGGGACUUGACUGACGUUUGUGUGGUGAAACUAGAAAAACCAAUUGGCUGGUCCCAUAUUGUCUUUAAUGGUGUUAGAGCCGAUGGGCUCUUGAAAUGUUUUGUUGUUCGGAUCAUCGUAUUGGCCAACCACCAGGACGGAAAAGAUUCACAUAUUCGGGCUGUUAGGUGUCUAGGUAAAAAGUCACAUUCGCUGAUGGUUUAUGAACCAGCAGCAGACAAAGCUCUUAAGCAACAAAGUGUUGCUUCUGGAUUCACUAGUGUUUCGGGUAUUCUGUUGAAUAAUCACUCAUUUGGUGAACUACCUACAUCGCUACGCCGAGCUGAUUCGCUUGAUGGCAUUUCUAUUGAGGAGACAGACGAAGAGAACCUCUUCUAG